GUGACGUCACUUUUAUAACAUAAAAUAAUAACAUAACCUUACUUUGUUUUGUAUCUAGGAUAACAAUUCCAACAAUAUCUGCAUUAAUUUAGAAAUUACUCAAGAAAACAAUUCGAACCUGAAUGUGAAACCACGGAGAAGAGAAGUACUCUUUUUUCGUUCAUCUCUGGUGAAACGAAAGAUGGCAAUCGCCUCUUCACUACCAAAGAUUGUUCCUGGUCCUCCUCCUCCUGAUUAUACGGAUGGACAUUCAAUUGGGAAUGAACCACUAAAUCGACCGUUUGUUUAUGGAAGUUGUCAAGAAAUGUGUCCACUCAGUGAGAUAGAAAUGCGAGAACAUGAAAACCUGAUACAUAUCCUCGAAACUGACCCAUCUUUGUACCAGGAGAAAAAUGGCGCGAAAAGCUGAUAUGUGAUCGAGCAAGAGCCGUCAAAUGCUAUCACAGAUCUGCGGCUGGCAUGGAUAUGCAGAACCCACAUUUGCUACGUCCGCCCCAUGUAUUGCGUCAAACUGUUACUAUUUGCUAACACAAGUGAUAUACGAUGCAAGGGUACCAUGGUGUAAACGAUAUCAUUUCAUUGCUGACCGCUUGAGGGCGGUAAAACAGGAUUUGAUUAUUCAACAACCGUCAGUCUUUGAAAGCAUUUCGAUACUUGAACCAAUGGUACGCUUCUAUUUUCUUGCUGAGUAUUGGGGAAAGAGAGAAGAUGACCCGACCGGUCUAAAGCAAGAGAUUCAGCAGAGAUCAGAGUUUGUCCCAGUUCUAAACCAGCAACAAUUGGAAGAGUGUUUGAAAUAUUUGCUCUCCUUGUAUGAUGAGGUUGGGGAUUUCUUCGCAUUUCCGGCUAGACCCCAGAUGGAAGCUCUCUACCAGCUGCAGUAUCUUGGAGAGACUGAAGCCUUGCGCAGAGGAGUCGCUUUGCCCCAGAACCCGUCUCAAGAUUUGCGAUUCGCUCUAAAGAUGUCUCUUGAAUGGUACAAUAAGAAAUAUUCUAGCGUUAUAAGAUACAGCAAACAUCUUACUGCGUUUCUACGUAUGGCAUUUUCGUUCAAUUUGCCCAAGAUUCGAAGAUAUGCCUUGGAAGUUAUGAAUACAGCGUACAGCAAUAAAAAUCCAAAUUUAAAUUCCCAUUAUCCAUUAGAUCAUUUUACAAAACUUCUCAAUUUCCGAAACCCAUCAGAAGCCAGCCGGCUUUGUGAAAUCUAUGAAGUGAUGGUUUGUAAAAACAAAGUGAUGUUUUUGAAAAAAAAAUUUAUGGCUGUAGAUUUUGAUGUGGAUUCCGUUCUUGGUGUUGAUAAUGGAGAUGAGUAUGUAGAUGAAUCUUUGAAAGAUUACAAACUGUGCAAUUUACUUAUUAAUUACUUGGAUGAUGCUUAUACAACAGAUCUCUGUCGUGAUAUUGAUGCGUUAUCGAUAUGUUGAAUUAAAUUUGGAUGAUUUUGAUCUUCGCCUUUCUCAAAACUUAGGGAAUAUAGAUGUAUUUUAUACUUUGUUCAUCAAUUCUAAUAAAAUAUAUAUUUUUACCUUGAAUUUUGUAAAAAAA